AUGGGAUUCUGCAACAACGACAAUCGAUUUCAAGUGGGCAGCAACUGUCGCCAACUCGACUUCACGCUCACAUUUGAACAAUCAAUUCUCUCCCUCCUCCCUGACAUACUUUUCAUUGUCGUCGCGCUCCACCGUCUACGAGAGCUCCAUUUAUGGAGCACCAAAAUUUCGAGGAUAUGGACGGGACUUUACUGCUCAAAAGCGCUCGCUGGACUGAUGCUAGUCGCUUCUAGUCUCGCUGCCCUCAUUGUCCACGCGGUCACCGGUUCAGUACGGCAUACGACCCGAACGACGCUCCCAACCCUCAUUUUCCAACUCCUCGCAGUGUCACUCCUCAUCCCCCUCACUUUAGUCGAGCACACAAAAUCGCUAGCACCGAGUUCACGUAUAAUCAACUACACGCUUAUCAAGGGUCUCUUUGUGUCCGCAAUACUACGGACCUACCUCCUCUCUGGUACACUCGACGCGUACCCACGCGUCUUUCACGCCACCGCUCUGGUGGCCGGAUCAUACUACAUUGUCCUUUUCACCGAACUCGUUCACAAACGCUCAGGGUAUCUCAAAGAUGAAUACAAAUAUCAUCCUCAAGAAGCGAAAAGCAGCUUUCUUGUUCGCUCCAUGUUUUUAUGGUUGUUGCCUCUGCUAUGGAGAGGGCGCAAUACUCGAUUUCAACUCAAGGACCUCAAUGAGAUCCCACAGGAUUUCAAAGCAGAAGAAUCGCGCCAGCACCUUCUCAUAGCUUUGGAGACUGGAAACAAAUCUUCAUACUUCUACCUCCUCCAUUCAACCAUUAACAGCUUUGGCAUAUCUUUCUUCGCACCAAUCUUACCUCGUUUCAUCCUCCUCCUCGCGACAUUCGGACAACCGUUGCUCUUGAAGGAUAUACUAGGGUUCAUGUCGACUCCUACAGCUUCCAACUCUGUAGGAUGGGCCAUCUUCGGUGGAUACGUGUGCAUAUACGGGCUGAUGGUCAUCAGUACGGCACUUUUCUGGGAAAAACUCUACGCCGUCACAGUCAAGUAUCGUGGUGCAUUGGUCGGCGCCAUAUACUUAAAAACGCUGAAGGUCGCCUCUCAUACAAGUCGACCUUUGGGCACAGGCGUCGGCAGCAAUUACAUGUCUGUCGACGUUGAGCGCAUUACGUUGGGUAUCGAGAGUUUUCACGAGCUACUUGGCGCAUUCUUUUCUCUGCCAUUAGCAUUCGCUAUUCUCUACAGUCAGGCUCACUGGGUGGCGUUUCUACCCCUGGGUAUAAUAGCUAUCGCAUUGUGUGCUACAUCGUAUGCGGCAAAGUUGGCAGGGACACGGCAGACUGUAUGGUCUGCUAAAACGGACGAGCGCAUCAAGUUCUUAAGCUCUGUGAUAGCCCAGCUUCUACCUAUCAAAUUCUUCGCCUACGAAUCGUACAUUGCGCGCAAGGCAGACCAACUUCGUAAGAUUGAAAUUCGUGCUCUCAAGCGUCUUUUCGUCGCGUUCCUCUGGGCCGCUACAAUCUCCAACUCACUGAUGGGUUUCACGCUCUUGGUCGUCAUCGGUGUAUAUGCCGCCGUGUUUGGACGCUCGGGUGCUGGGAACACUUUGGACGUGGAACGAAUAUUCACCAUCUACGCAACUGUACAGCUGCUUUCGUGGCCUUUAAAUGUCCUUGGCCAGUUUCUGCCCGACGUCAUGGCAGCAUAUGCCUCUAUGAAGCGGAUAGAGAAGUAUCUUCUCUUUGAUGAGAAGCCUCAGUCGCAGAGUAUUGCAUCAGAUCCGAACUCGGAGAAGCAUGUCGAUAGUGAUAUCACACUCCGUGGCUCGUUUGCCUGGAAUAAGGAAGAGGAACCAAUUUUACCGAACGUCGAUAUCACGAUUCCGACAGGCAAGCUCACCAUCUGCACUGGACCUGUCGCAGCUGGCAAAACAAGCUUGCUGAUUGCUCUCCUCGGUGAACUUGACGCAACAUCUCCUCCGGAGAAAACGCACAUGCCUACCCUCGAAAAGAUAGGUUACACGUCGCAAGAGUCAUUUAUCAUGCCGGGGUCACUUAGAGAAAACAUUCUCUUCGGGAGCGAGUACGACGAAGCCUGGUAUUCCAAGACGAUCAAGGCGUGUGCGCUCGAAGUCGACUUUGAUAGAAUGCUGGCGGGUGAUGGAACGAAAGUCACAGACGCUAGGAGUCUGAGUGGUGGGCAAAAGCAACGGAUCGCACUUGCUCGUGCAGUCUACUCCCGUGCAUCGUUGGUUCUGUUGGAUGAUCCUUUCAGCGCACUUGACGGCGAGACGGCAUCCCAUGUAUUCGAGCAUCUCUUUGGGCCUACUGGUUUACUAAGAGGCAGGACCGUUGUGCUCGUCACGCAUUAUGGCGCUGCACCACCUUCCCAAUCCGGUUACAAGCUUAGCGAUCUCUCUAAGACGAUCGAGAAGUCGGAGAAAUCGAUUCAGAAGAAAGGAGAAGCUAUAUUAGAGGCGAAGAAGGCGGAUGACGGCAAGAAGAUUAUGGAUGAGACCGAUGCAGUAGACGAGGUUGACGAGGAGAGCAAAAAUCCGUACCUCCGUGGCCUCAAGCCGUACAAAUUCUGGUUCGGAAACGCUGGAUAUUUAUACACCGUGUUUGCCUUGACAGUGUUCAUCGUUUGGCCAAUGACACGUUUGGCAAUGCAAGGAUAUCUCAAAGAAUGGUCGGAUUCCGCGGACGCGAAGAACUAUCCAGCCUGGAUAGGGGGCCUCGCAGGGUUCUCAUUUGGCCAAGUCGUCAUAUUGUCCUGCGGGUUCUUGUUCUACUCCAAUCACAUGACUCCACGAGUCGGGAAGAACAUUCAUUAUCAAGAAAUUCGGGGAUUGCUACGUGCACCUGUCGAUUGGAUACAACGCACCCCUGCCGGACGAAUCGUCAAUCGGUUUUCUCAAGAUAUUUUCGAGAUCGACUUCAACUUUCCUAUCGCCUUCCUUAAUGGGUCGAGUGCAGGGUUUGGUUUGAUCGGUACUAUGGUCAUCAUCUACAUCUCUAGUCCAUGGCUCGCACUCAGUGCACCGCCUAUGCUAUUUGCGUACUGGAUUCUACUAAGAUUCUAUCUCAAGUCAUCCAAACAACUACAGCAAUUGGAAGCUGCAUCCAAGAGUCCGCUUUAUACCGUCUUUGGAACGACAUUGGCGGGGCUAGAGAAUAUUCGGGCCUACCGAGCACAAGAGUUUUUCCUUCACCAGAAUGACAAGCAUCUCAAUGCGAGUCAAGGGCCGUACCAUUAUCGCUUUGCGUCACUCCGAUUCUUGAAAACCGCGCUGUCAUUUAUGACAUUUAUCAUCGCGGUCGCACUGGCGGGGACGGUCGUUGGCUUACGAAGAAGCACCUCGAUUGCUUUCUUGGGAAUGGCAUUAUCAAAUAUCACCAACAUGGCUAUGCAGCUCUCGCAACUGCUGACGAACUGGGCUGCCAUCGAAAACGGCACAAUCAGCGUCGCCAGGUUGCAAGAGAUGGUCGAACUACCGGGAGAACGCGAUGAAGAGGGUCAGAUAAUUAUUUCGAAGAAGAGCGAUAUCUGGCCCACGCGCGGGAGCAUUGUUUUCGAAAAUGUUGAGCUCAAAUACGGGGAGGACCUUCCAACGGUACUCAACAAGGUCUCGUUUACAAUCAAGCCUGGCAUGAAAGUCGGCAUUUGCGGACGUACCGGGAGCGGGAAGAGUUCCACAGUUCAAGCACUAUUUCGCGCCGUGGACUCUUCUCUUGUCAAAGGGAAAAUCAGUAUUGAUGGCGUGGACAUCCAGUCCCUCCCCCGACAUACCCUGAGAAGUUCACUCUCGAUUGUCACCCAAGAGCCGUUCUUGUGGCACGACACUAUAAGGAACAAUUUGGACGUCGAGGGCACGCAAUCAGAUGAGCGCAUCUGGAGGGCACUCGAUCAAGUUGGACUGAAGAAGACGAUUCAAGGAUUGAGCAUGAAGCUCGAAUCAAUGAUCGAGGAGGCAGGCUCGUUUUCUCGUGGCGAGCGUCAGCUACUCUGCCUUGCGAGGAUACUUCUUCGGGCGCGCAAGAUUGUUGUGCUGGAUGAAGCGACAAGCAGCAUGGAUCUCGAGACCGAUGACCUUGUGCGUAAGGUCGUCGAAUCGGAACUCAAGGACAGCACUGUAUUGGCAGUCGCGCACAGAAUCUCGACAAUUAUCAACUUUGAUCUCAUCCUCGUCCUCGAGAAUGGCGUUGUUGUCGAAGCCGAUGCACCGGCCGCACUCCUCGCAUCGGGGGGACGGUUUGCGCAACUUGCCGCAAGUCAAGGCAUUGCUUCAAAUCAAUACGUUUAA